CCUGCGCCAGGCCAGGCGGCGGUCGGGCCGCUGGUUAAGUACAGGCGGGGCGGCGGUGUGGGGGGGCAAGCGGAGAUGGCGCUGACGGCGGGGGGGAGGCGGCGGCAGGACCUGGACAACGGUUCCUUGGAAAUAACACAGAGUUUGGAAGAUGAUCCCCUACUGGAUGCACCGCUUAUUUCGUCUCAUACACUGCAUUCCCAACUGAGGCCAAAAUUUCGUGCUAUCCCAGCAGUUCUCCUGGCCAAUUUUCUGUUGCUAAUACAUGUUGCUUUUGUUGUUCUAGCAUUUUUAGCAGCUAUGUUUUGUUCUUACCCCAAUCCAAAUCAGGAUAAGUGCCCUGGAAACUAUACUCACCCACUUAAAGUACAGACUGUCAUAAUCAUUGCAAAAGUAAUUCUGUGGAUUCUGCAUGUUUGUUUUGAACGAUAUGUCCAGCACCACCACAGUAAAGUCAGAAGCAGAGGUUACUUCUCAAUAUACCGAUCAACAAGACAUCUAAAAAGGCUUCCGCUGCUGAUACACUCCACAGGUAAUACAGCCCUGCUUUUGAUUCUGUCAACGCAGCAUUCCUUUCCUGAUCACAGUAAAGUGUACCUGUAUCUUAUCCUGGGAGUCCUGGGCCUGGAGCUGAUUAGCUCUCUGACAUGCUUAGUGAUUUACACAGUGAAAAUAAGCAACUUCAAUCGUGCGAAGCCAAGACCUGACAUAAUUGAAGAAGAAAAGAUGUAUGCCUACCCUAGCCACAUUACCUCAGAAGUUGGAUUCAGGGAAAAUUCAAGUUUAGAAGAGAUAGUUGAGAAGCAAGGAGAUGUAAUAGAGUAUCUUCAGCGACACAAUGCACUGCUCAGCAAGAGACUAUUGGCACUAACUUCUCAGCAAAUCAAAACUUAACAGCAUUUGGAAAACUGCUGCUGGAGCUCUGGAGGGAACAUGAGGUAACGUAAUAUCAAGACUGAUUUGUACAGAUGACACUUCUUCUAUCAUCUUUCACAUUUUGAAACAGAAGAUCAGCUGGAAGGAAGAGCUCUGCCUAUACUAUAAACCUGUUACAACUGGACCCUGGCUCUCUUCAAAUCAUCAGUUCAGAAAAAAAGUUCUGGAGUUUCAAGGAUUUUUAAUUCCUAAUAGGUUAAAGUUGGAUCUGAGGUAAUGGUUUAACUCUGUUCAGUUGUUACUAUUAUUUUGUACUGUUGUAACCGUUAAGCUUCCAACUACCAAAGUAUUUUAUAUUUCUAUAUACAAACAUUUUCUCUAGAAAAAUCUGACUUUGCAAAGGAUUUGUCUUCAGUUUCUAGUGCUGAAGCUGGGAGUAGGUGUGUUCUGUUACUGAAUCCCAUUACUUCCAGUGUUAGCGAUGGCGUACUUCAAUAAUCCUAUACAAAGUAGAUACUUGCUUUCUAGAUUGGUCUUCUUUUCUCCUCUGUCAAGAAAAGGAAUUAAACUGUUGCCUGUGCCAAUGGGGAAAUCUGGCAUCCAAUUUAGGAUUUAAAAAGUGGUGGGUGCCCCAAAAUGGCGAAUCUUGCAUAUAAGUGUGUUGUACAAAACAAUGUCAUGAUAAGCAAUUGAGCAGUUGUUUGGAAUUCUGCCUUUAAAACCUAUAAGAGGGAUCUUCAGGGAUGAUGACUUUCGUGCUACUAGGAGUCUGUGUCAGUGAAUAAUCAACAAGAUUCCUACUCUGCCAACUGGACUACCCUAAUGCAAAAAUACUUGAGUAAGCUUUUUCAUUGACCUGGUAACUAACUUGUGUUGAAUGGGUUUAAAGAUCCUGUUAAAGAUGCAUCAGUUACAGGCAUCCUUGCUCUUUACUUUGAUUCUUCAAAAAACGUCAGCGUCUUGAUUCAAAAGCUAAAACGGUGGAUGUGGGGAAGUGAAAAGCAGCAGAAGACGGAAAGGUCUUCUAGAAGUUGUAGAAACAUGAAUUUUUGGUCUCUUUCAUGGCUUUACUGGGAAGGCUGGUAAGAGAACCAUUCUGUUCUGGGUACUACUUUGUCUACCAAUGUAGACUAAGAAUUAUUUUAGAAGCCAGUACCUCUUUGUGGGGCGACAGGGUAACCACUAGUCAAAACUGGGAAGAAGGGUGUCUUGAGGAGUAGUCUUGUAGAUGAAUAUAAGAAAAACAAAAGAAAAUUAAUCCAUCCUACUCUGGUUCUAGGGCACAACUUUAGAAAAAAAACUAAACUGUUUAGUAUGCAACAAACAUGGGGGUUGUCUCAUUUAAAGGAAAACAAUAAAUAUUGGAGGUUUUGCUGCUAUCCAACACUAAACUGUUCUCCUUAACUGUUUUUUCUUGAAAAUGCAACUGGGAUUUUAUAGUAUACAUGUGAAGAAUACAAAUGUUUUUGGUUUUAGAACUUGGGUUUUGUUGUGAUUGUGUAUAUCAAUUUAUAUUUCUAUGAAGAGCAGUAAAAUGUGACUGUGAAGUUCAUGCACAAUAAAUGCAACUAAGGAAAGGUGUGAGUUCUGUCCUUUCUAAGCUCAUGUACAGCUGCUUAAGACUGUUCCAACAGGCAAUCUGUGCAGAUUUUCUGUUAUGCUGAGGUUUUCACAGCAUGGUUUUGGCACUUAAAACUAGCUAAAACCUAUGGCAAGGAUAGCUGUGCACUUGUUUUGAAGCUUCAAGUUUAGUUUUAUCCUCUUUCCUGGGUAAUGUUUUUCCAUUGCACUUCAGCCUUUCCCUGCUACUCCUGUUUCUCUCCAACAUAGAGGAAUCGGCUGCAUAAUGUGGCAGAACAACUUUACGGUAUUUUGAGGGCGUUGGUCAUGCCCUCCUCCUCUCCUUUGUGGCUGCUUAAGGUGAAACUUGGGAUUAACCAGCAGUAUUGCCUUCUGUGGAACAGGGCAAGUGCGGGUUGCCAUGUGUGAGCACGUGUUAUCUCAUGCCUUUCGUAAGUCAUAGCUCUGUAAGUACACAAAUGAUUAACAACUUGCAACAUAUCUUUAUCAUACCCACACUGUAUCUUGAUUUCUUCCUUAUCAUACCCACACCCUGUCUUGAAUUUCUUAGUAUAUUUAAGCUUCUGGGAAAAAAUGGCUUUUCACACUUGUACAGGCUCCAAAUAGGCGCCAGCCCUCCUCACUACUCUUCCGUGAACCCUUUCUAUGCUCCUUCUGUGCCGGGGCUAUGCAGAAGUGAUGAGGAGACGCCACCGGAACGGGGCAGGGACUGCAGGCCCCACUCGGUGUCAGCCCCAGCCCCUUUGCCGGCACCAGACAAGCCCCUGCCCCGCUUGGAGCCAAAUGUGCUCCCUGGCCCCACGCGUUCCGUCAGUGAUGCUGCUCCCCACGCUGCUGUGUGCUCGUUGUGAUGUCACUGCGCAAUGGCAUGGCAUGGCGUGAUGGGUGUUGGGGUUCCCCUAGGUGGGCUCGGGUCCUGCCAGUGCUGCCUGGUGCCAGGCACCCCUUCCCUGACCAAACUCAACAGUCCUCGGCGGUGGAGCCAGGCAAGGAGAUGCCAUGGGCAAAGCCGGUGCUGGAAAUGCAACACAAAAGGGGAAAUGACCACUGUUGUUUAAGCGAGAGGAAGCUCUGCUGUCACCACACUGCAUCUGGCAUGCCACAGCCCUGAAAUCAGAUGCUAAGUCCUAGUUUUUCUGGUUGUGCCGCACCUUGCUUAUCUUAACCUUACCCUCGGCCAGCAUAAGGCGUAGUGCUGGGCAUUGUGGUGGCUAAUGCCACCUAACCAGCUUUGGAGCAGCUCUUGGUCCACCACCAACAAUGUAGCUGCAGUAACUACCCCCACAGCAUCAGCACCUGUGUGCAGGCUGGACCUUCAUUGUUCAAAGUAAAAUCCAUAAUGUGCUGCACACCCAGUAAUUAGGGACAAAUUUCAGGAAAAAGAAUAAGUAUUGCCUAGGGAACAUAAUGGUUUCCACAUGAUCUGGUACGAUUCAUAGUGCUUUGCUGCAAACCAUUGCAGCCCUUUUCGGGCAUGGUGUGGCAAACCUGCACGUCAGCGAAUACAUGUGAAUCUGAAGAAAUUAGUGAUGUUCUUUAUGUAAUUACAGCUGCAUAAAUAUUUGCAGGUCCAUGGUCUUAAUUUGGUAAGCUCCAGUGGAUUCCAACCAGGACAGCAAGAAGAUAAUGAAAAAGGAAUGUUUCCUAACAUACGUUGCAACUGUACAUUAAAAAAAAAAAUUCUUUUUUUUAUUAUUAUUCAGUUUGUACCCCAAUAGCAUUUUGUUUCUGUAGAAAAACAACGUAUAUGUUUUUCAGAUUUGGGAAAACAAGUAUUUUAGACUACCUAAGAAACAUAAAAGAUUCAGAGUUGCCCAAAAAUUGUUCACGCUGUGGGUUUUUUAAUAAUUUCUAGAUGAAAUGUGCUAAAUAUUUUGUACACACUAGAGAAAAGACAUUGUGAUGAUCUUUUGUAAAUGCACUUCAUAUAUAAGGGAAAAACUGAGUCGAUAGUCGUGUUUUCUGUUUCUGAAUAGCAGUUCUAUAUAAACACUUCAGUAUUUCACCUUUGAAAGGAAAUCACCGAUUGCAAAAGAUUUUAGUGGGAUUUUCAUGCUUGAAGGUUCUGCGUGACUAUGCAGUUAAGCAGGCUUGCCCCGCUGAAGGUUGUUCUUAAACUAAAAAAGAAAGUGUCAAGGACCAGAGGCACUUGGGCGGACAACGAUCUAACCUCGAGGUAACUCAAGAGGCAUGAAAAAGCAUCCUCGCUGUUGGAAAGAGUUAGGCUUUUAGGCAUUAUUGCUAACUAAAGACAGUGCUGUUGGAGGGUUACCCACUUUGCACAAAUAUUUUGCAGCUUGAUCACUGUCAAGAAAGAUAAAAGCCAUCGACAGUAGUGAGAGAUCAGUAUGCUAAUUGUGCUUGUCUGACGACAGUCAAACAUUUGAAACUUAUGUACCAUACUACUGCUUCUGCUGAUUGAUGUUGAUAUAAAUCUUAUGUGACCCUUAGCAAAAUUUGGCUUUGCGUGUACAGAUAGUGAGAUAUUUAUAGCAUAUGUAUGUGGCGUAAGGGAAAUAUUUCCAGUCUUUAUUCUUCUAUAAUUUCCUUUCUUCCAUACUGGAAAGGGAAGAGGUGAAUUGUUUAUUAUCCUUCGGGAACACACUAAUCUGCUGUUUCUCACCGCAGCCUUACAUUUACCUCUGUUUCCUGUUGACCUGCCACUACGUCAUUUUGUAUUUCACUCUAAAAUAGCCAAUAUAAUUUAAAAGCCUUAAUGAAGCUGACUUUCACAUAAAAUCUAAAAUUUUCCUACGUAACUCUACAAGACAAGGAGUUAGUUCUGUUUCAGAAACUUGCGUUUUGUCUUUUUGAGGGCUGAGUUUGCCUUUGGAUCAAGUCUUCUGUUAGAUUGCCUCCGUGCAAACAUCGAUUCUGACGUUCAAUACACAACAAUUUGUAUUUGUACAAACUUCCUUUACAUGUACGCUCACACAUGCACACGGAGAGUUCAGUCAUCUCAGCUGUUGCAGCCUGUGUCCAAAUGCUUCAUGUUUAUGUAUGUAAUCACACCAUCGUCAUGCAGAACUGUUUUUACCAGAUGAAGUUUAUGUUGCGCCAAUCAAAUGAAAACGGGUAGUUUCAACAAAGUCAACGGCAAGUCCAGCUCAGCUGAAAACAAGGUCCUUUGAAGCCCUGCUGCCACUGAAGUUAAAUGUCAACAUAGCGUUGUGCUGUAGUAGCAUCACUCGGCCCCUUGAUUCUACUGUGCAAGAUCUCUAGCACUUAGAAAUUUAUUUACAGUAUCCAACUUUUAGUGGGAGAAGUUACUGCACAUUUUAUCUUCUGCUAUGCUUCAGACUACUUCUGAGCUCAUUUUUUUGUCCUGAAAUAAGGCCAUUUUCUUUAAUUUGUGAGAAUAUUCAGAUUUCAAGAUUUAACGCUCUGAGGCAAUUAAAAAUCUCGCUUGUUCUAGGCAUGAAGACAGUGCAUAAUCUGGGUUCUGCUGUAAUCCUAUCAAGGUAUCACGAUGUCAUGUUAGAGCGUGCUGUGAUUACAUCAACCAGGAGUUUUAAACUAAGUUCUUUCUGUGUGGCUUUUAUCAGAAUUUUGUAUUUUUAGAAAGAUAGAUAGAAAAUGUGAGGGAAAUGUUGACAGGAAUAACUACUAUUUAUUUGUGUCAGAAACUGAGUGAGAAAAAUUCUUAAGACACCGAUUCCAUAUGAACCCUCAGGGAAACAAGGCAAAUUACGCAUUUUCUUUAGAUACACUGCCUUUGAUAGCUGAAGAAUGUAAAUUUUGAAAUGCGUACAAAGUUUAUUUAAAAUGAGACAUUGUUAUUUGCAGGGCAUACUGUCUUUUUACAAAAUAUACAUUCAACCAGCUCAUUUAUAAAAAUAUCUAUCAAAGAUCACAAUCAAUGCCUUUUUCAGAGAAGAUUUUAUGGUAUCAGCAUGUCUAAAAAGAAUGGACAUUUAUAAUAAUUUUGUAGACUGACAAUGGGCUUCCUAGGACCCCUUUGGUACUUGUUUUAUUUAUUUUUACAUCUGUAAAGGAACAUGCAUAUAUAGCGCUCUGGUAGAUACAUUAUGUUUUUCUUACAAUUUUAUCAAAGUUAAUUGAAUAAUUAUGGUUAUAUAAAAUAUCCAGUGCCACACUAAAUCUGUAUACUCAUUUAUAAGACAUAACUGUUAAAUAGUUACUCUUCACCUUUGUUGCUUUCCCAUACUCUUUACCUGUACAGAGAUAGCCAUGGAACAUAUGAAAGCUAAGUUAAAUAAAUAAUUAACAAAUAAAAUUAGUGGUAGUAUGCCUCUAAUUUUCGAAAACUUUUUUUUCAAAACUCCAAAGGUUUACCUGCAGGGCUGUUUGUUGGUAUACACGAGUUUGACCAUCUUUUCAUGAUGGUUUUCUCAAACUCCAGAACAGGAUGUGAUGUUAAUUUUUUUCUAUACAGGGAAAACUGAAACUCCCCUUAAGCUCUGACUGUAUGAAUCUGAUUAAGGUUUCAAGUUCUUAGAGAUGGGAGGGUUACAUAUAGACACUAAUUAGAAAGUUUUGGCUAUCCAGUUUUCUUGAUUGCUGCUCUUUCACUUACUAGAAACUAUGUGUUGCAAGACAAAAUUCUAAUACUGGAUUUAAACCAUGACACUGCUGAUUUUCACUCAUCUUUAUACAAUUUACAAAAAAAGUUGACAUUUCAAGCCUAGUGCAAUGACUUAGAAAUCUGGGUAUGACUUAUUUUCAGAUUUCUUUUAGUUCUGCUAAUGAAAGGGCCAAGAUGUUUCCCUUUAUGUGUAGUUUGUAAUUUCUGCUGAUAUAAAAAGAGGGGAAACGUAUAUUUUUAAAAACAAAACGUAAAAUAAAAGCUCAAUGUAUUCCUGACCUCCAGUGCUGAAAAGAACAGCCUGUUUUCUGUUUGAAGUUCUCAUUCAUUGUAGUGCUCUGUUCCAAAUAUCCCAUUCAUUUAAUUACAGGAAUAGAGUACUACCUAACACUGAGGUUGACCAAACAAAGGUUUCUUUUCAAUGGUCUAUUUUUAUGCUCUAUUUAUAAUACUGUAGUGGGUAUUUUAGGAAAACUACUAUUAAGCAAAUAGGUCUAUAGUACUGAAUUUUCAAGUAUGCUUUAGCUGUCUGGUUUGGCAGCCUGGUUUAAGAAAACAAAUGACAAGCUUUGCAGUAACAGCUCAUUAGGCAGGAGGAUGGGCUUGACCUUAAGGCCCGACUUGAGAGCUCCGAGUUAUCAGUUUUGCAUGACCCUUGGCUAAUCUCUUAUCUCUGUGUGCUUCAAUUCUCUAUCUAUAGAACGAGGGAUAAUUCUCUCUCUGCUUUCUUAUAUUGUAAACUCUUACUAUACAUGAAGCCAGUAGGACCACUAGCGUGGUGCUGACUUUGGUACUAUUACAGUUAUACGUUCUACAUUAUUAUUAAGGUAAUUCCAUAAAGAUGUAAUGUUAGGUGUUAAAACAUAUAUGUAUAUAUUACGAAUAUAUAAAAGUAUAAAGCAAAAAUGGACUUCACGGUUCUGUGCUGGAGUCUGACAGUAUUUUACCCUAAAUACUGCCCUGCACACAGCCUGAAUUGAGUAGUCAACAGCAGGUCCAACUUCUCCCAGUCUGAAUAGAACAGACCAUUAAGAGUCCCCUUGGACAAAUCCUUCUUAAAUGCCACUGCAAAUCCAUCUCAGGCACCCGAUGUUUGAUUUGGUCUUUAACUUUCACUGGUCGUUACGAGACCCAAAGAAUUUAUACAGAAUGUUUCAAGCAGAUGAGCUUCAUGCACAUCCUCCC